CUAGUUAGUAAUAAUUAGAAGAUGACACAUUUCCCCGGUUAUAUAAACUUGAAUAGAUCAUCAUUCAGUUACAAGUUACUUUCUAGCCAUUUCAACAUCCGUGCGAAGUUGCAAACAUGAUGCGAAUUAGUUUCAUUUUAUUGGGUGCCUGUGCUGUGCUAGGUGCAUCACAGCCCGUAAACAACUUACCAAUCUUGAAACAACUACCAUCUGAAAUCCUGUUUAGGGAUAACAAGGAAUUGGUUGUUGAGUGUGCCACAGAAGGAAAAGAGGGUGGAGUGAGUUACAAAUGGCUUAAAAACGGCCAACCUCUCACUCCGAACACCGACAUCAUUCAACAAGACAACGAUGGAAAACUAAUUUUCAAAAACCCAUCCAAAAAAGACGAAGGCAAAUACCAAUGCUUAGCCGAAUCCAAAUAUGGCAUAGCCAGCACACGAGUCAAUUUACGACGAAUGUACAUCGACAACCCUACCGUCGAAUUACAAAGACAUAGGCCCGUAGAAGGAAAAAUGUAUAAACUGGACUGUAAAAUACCUAAUUCCUAUCCAAAACCGGAAAUCGUGUGGUUAUACCAAUCCAUAUCUGAUCCAAGUGCGUCCAGGAAUAUCUUGGAUAGACGCAUAACUCUGUCUCCAGAAGGCGACUUAUAUUUCUCGAAUGUAACUAAAGAGGAUACGAGUGAAAGUUUUAAAUAUGUAUGUGUAGCAAGAAUCCCAGCUUCUGAUGGGGAUGUGGUGCUGGCUGAACAUGUUUUGGAAGAUGUGGUGCCCAGCAGUGGACCACAAGACAAUGAAGUGUACCCCCAAUAUGUGUCGAAUGAUUUCACUGCUGUGGUCGGGUCGGUUACUAUGAUCUACUGCAUUUAUGGUGGCACUCCCCUGGCAUACCCGGACUGGUACAAAGACGGUAAAAACGUGAACAACGAGCCCAAGGACCGCGUGACCCGCUACAACAGGACCUCCGGCAAAAGGCUGCUCAUCAAGGAGACGUGGUUGGAGGACCAGGGGAAUUACACCUGCAUAGUUGACAACGAGGUCGGCACUCCGCGGCAUCACUCCAUGCAUCUCAAUGUUGUCAGUGCGCCUGAAUUCACAAAACAACCCGAGCAGACGUUAACAGUUCAACCAGGCAAGGAUAUAACCGUCCACUGUCAAAUUGCAGGCGUCCCAUUACCCAAAGUGUCUUGGACCCACAACACAAAAGAUUUGGCAAAAAGUGACAGAGUUCAUAUCGAACAGACUAGUCAAGGCAACGUUACAGUUGCUGAUUUGAUUAUUAAAAAUGUGCAGGGCACUGACGCUGGGUAUUAUGGCUGCAGGGGAGAGAAUUUCAAUGGGGAAGUCUAUGCUGAAUCGUUGGUUGUUGUUAAAUAAAUUAAUAUGUGCAGUUUCGAUUUAA